AUGCCAUUAAAACUAAGCUUUCCUUGCCUAGUCCUAGAUGUUUCCCCGGAUAUCGUCCCCUUGCCCGGAGUCUCAUAUCAAUUCACAAUUCCUAGACAACAGGGUCUUAAAAUAUUGCUCAGCUUAGAAAUACCCCAGCUUCGAGAGCUAACGCAUCCAGAUGUGGGUGAGAAAAGAGAUAACCCUGAGGCAGCCAGUAUACUAAAGGCGGCCUAUCGCAAAUUCGAAAGUGAGUUUGGUGCACCAGGAAAACCACACAUUGCCUACGUUUGUAUAUUACCCACAAUCGAUAAAAGUCACUACGCUGGAUGCAUUACAGCUCUGACGAAAUUCUUAAUAGAAGAUGAUUUGGUUAUUCUGUCACUGAAGGGAGUAAUUCGAGCCAAAGUCGAACAAUUUGAGCUAAACCUCAAAAAUGAGAUCUGCAUGAGUACUAUUGUCUUAGCUACACCUGAUGAACUGGGAAAAGAGUGGAGCCUUGAGGAGCGGAAUGAGGCCACCAAGGUUACUAAGAUGUGUUUAGAGGAGCUCAAUUCGGCGUUUCGUGAGUUUCGGUCCCGAUACAAAAAAGCGCUCCGAGAGAAGGAUGACAUGUUCGGCCGUCUGCUCUUGCUCUCCCCCUUGGCCAACACCCUUUUUUUGCAGCUAAACAGAGCACAUUUCAUCGAGUCAUGGGAAUUACUGCUCGAGUCAGCUAAGAAUCUUCCCACCAACCACAUACGACAAGCUGAUGUCCCCAGCCUAUUAUGCUUGUUGGAUAUGUCUGCGUCGAUAAUUCCGCUAUCACCUUCUCAAAGGUUGACCUUUUUAAGGCAAGAUGCCUCAAGCCAACGAUUAAACGAAUUCGUGACUCUUAAGGACAAACUCAUCUCCUUACUAGGAGAUCUCAAUUCAUCUACAGAAAUAGCUCGCAGCCGGUUUGAAGAGCUAAGCGCUCGAGAAAAAGCCUCUUUUGUCGCUUUACAUUUGAGUGCGUUGCGCAGUUUCCUAAGUGUAGAGCGCAAAGAAGGUAAACUGAGCAAAGGGCUAGAUGGACCAAGGAAAGCCACCUCUGCAGGGCUUAUGAGAAGCAAAAAAGUUGAGAACGAAUUUGAGGGGGAUGAAGAAGACGACGACUUCAAAGCCAUCAAAAAUUUUAUGGAGCAAACGGCGAACAUCCAUCCAGAUGGGCGAAAAAUGCUGCAUAAAGAUUACAGGCGACUCAAAAAAAUGCAACCGCAGAGUUCCGAGUAUCAAAUUCUCAAAAGUUACUUUGACGUUGUAUUGGAUAUCCCAUUCCAAACUAAAGCUACGCAAAUUGGUUCUGUGGAUAUCCUGCAAUGUCAAAGCAAGCUCGAUUCUGACCACUUUGGCCUACGAAACGUCAAAAAGAGACUAAUAGAGUACUUAGCAGUGCUUAAAGUAAAUGAAGAUCAUCCAAGUAAAGAGCCGAAGACAAAAGCUCCCAUUUUACUAUUAGUAGGGCCGCCUGGUGUGGGCAAAACUUCAAUUGCAAAAUCGGUUGCUGAAGUUCUGAACAGAAAAUUUCAUCGGAUAUCUCUAGGAGGGAUAUACAACGAAGCUGAUAUAAGAGGCCACCGCAGGACAUACGUGGGAUCGAUGUGUGGGAUGAUAAUUAAUGCCCUGCGAAAGAGUGGCUCAAUGAAGCCUUUGAUUCUGCUUGAUGAAAUUGACAAAGUUUUGAGCCUGUCGGCGGGUGGACGCGGGGCUGGCUUGAAUGGCGAUCCAGGUGCAGCGCUUUUGGAGGUUUUAGACCCCGAGCAAAACGCUACAUUCACUGACCAUUAUGUUGGUUUUCCCGUUGACCUUUCAGAUGUGCUUUUCUUCUGCACUGCAAAUGAGCUGGAGGGAAUUUCUGCCCCCUUAUUGAAUAGGAUGGAAGUCAUAGAGAUCCCAGGAUAUACUAUAGAAGAAAAGGUUCAAAUUGGAAAGAAGUUUUUGCUACCCAAGCAGGUCAGAUUGAAUGGUUUAGAUAAGAUUGACGCUUCAAUAAAGCUGACUGAUGAAACUUGGGACAAACUUGUUGAAGAAUACACGAGAGAACCUGGCGUCCGCAGUCUCGAGCGCAAGCUGGCUGGGCUGGUCCGUGGUAGAAUUGUUGAAUAUCUCGAAGGUGCAGGGACAAAACAAGAGAUUGCAGCAGAUGAACUUAUUAAAUACCUUGGAUUUCCACCGCAUUCAUUGUCGAAAGAUUUGAUCAGAAGUGCAAGGUUUGCUGACAAAAACGGUGUUGUAAGUGGGCUUGCAUACAAUUCCGAUGGUUCGGGAGGAGUGCUGGUUUUUGAGGUGGUUCGAACAGGUCAAUUAGAAAAUGAGGUUAAGGGCCCUCGCGUGCGUACGACAGGAAAUCUUGGCAAGCUUCUUAACGAGUCAAUUGACAUCGCGGUAGCUCUCGUGAAGUCUCUCAGCGAGCGUAAGAUAAUCAUUGGACCUGAAAAAGAUCCUUUCCAACAGUUUAUGUGCUCAGAUUUGCACUUACAUGUUCCCAUGGGUGCAGUGUCUAAAGAUGGGCCUAGUGCUGGCGUCGCCAUCACACUGGCCUUGUUAUCCCUCGCGCUCGGUAUCCCGGUUCCGUCAAAACUGUGCAUGACCGGUGAAAUAACAUCCCGCGGAAAAGUGUUGCCCAUUGGUGGUGUCAAGGAGAAACUGUUAGGGGCCCGCCGAUUUGGGAUGAAAAAAGUCCUCGUUCCGCUGGCCAAUCGCACAGAUGUGAUUCAAGCUGCGAUGGAUCCAGAUCAAUUUGAAAGCUGUCUAACUAGCUCAGACCAUCCCGAGCUUUUAACUAUUAAAAACAACUGGCAACUUGAUGUCAGCUACGUCGAUGACCUGUUCGAUGCCAUCAGCUACUCCUGGCCAACCCGAUUUCAGAUUAGAGACAACUCGCUUUUAAUGCUGCCAAGUACAAGACCACUAAGACCCUCGCUUUGA